AUGGGUCCUUCAUCUCCGGUAGGCGAUAUAAGUCGCUCAACAGAAUAUGUGAUAGGUUACCCUGUAUGUAAUCAAUGGAAUAUUGGGAAUAGCACAAGACAAUCGAAUGACCAGCACUACCAACAGGACAUGGGUGCAGAAUCUGCAGAUGGUACAAUCCGUUCAACAGAAUAUGUGAUUGGCUGCCCUGUGUAUCGAUACACUGACAAUGUUUCGAUGGAAUCGAAUAAUCAAUCCUUAAUCGACAUGUCUGAUCAAUCCUUCAGCCUACAAGGCAUGCGGUCAAGUUAUGGUUCAACGCAACCCAACACUACCAACAACAACGGCAGCAGCAACUAUGUCGAGGCAUAUCGUUCUUCUGUGCAAGUUCCACUAACAGAUGACGAUUCACUCUCACCCUGCACUCCUUGUCUAAAGUUGGGUUUCAUUAGCUUUGCUUUUAUAGUUUUUGGAGGUUUACUUCUAAUCUCAGCUUAUACUAGAUACGAGCGUUUACCAGCUGUUAACGUAGAUUCCAUCUCUUUAUCGCCACUGAAUGUCUCCGACAAUCAAAUCACUGCAGAAUGGAACUUCGAUUUUCUUAUCGCCGAUUCAUGGAUAGGCUACUAUGAUAGCAUAGAUGUUUCUUUAUACUACAACAAGGAGCUUCUUUCGAUGACAAAUAUUGGGCCCUUAAAAAUUGAUUCCUAUCAUCAAGAAUUGUUGCAAGCCAAGGUCGUUGCCUCGUCGAGGAACAUUUCGAAUUCUGUUGCAAAUGCCAUUGCAGCUGAUAAGGAACAUGGAUUCGUGAGUUUCAAUGUGAAACUGCUGUUUUAUGCACCGAGUACAUUUGGAAGUGCAGCGGAGUGGAUAAGAGCUUCUUGUAAAGGUUUGGAGAUUGAAUUUUCUUCAAAUUCAACCACUGGGAAUAUGCUUGGUAAAUCAAGAAAAUGCGACGUUCACUAA